AUGAGCUUUAUCGAAGGCCUAAAGGAUACCGUAAAGUCGGCUACUGAGCAAGUCGGUGAAGUGCUUGACAGUACUGGACAUAAAGCCGGACAGGCGGAAGCAAUGAAGGAGUACAUAUUCGGCGCAAACGCUGAUCCAAGAGAUGCAGCCGAGAAAAUGGAGCAAAAGUUUGAGUAUGUAGAGGCAUCUUCUACAUUGGAAUCGCUGGAUCGCAGCGCACAAGCAUUGGAUCACAGCGCACAGGCGUUGCAGGGCAGCGCAUACGAUGCCAAUAGGCCAUUUGUGGAAACCAAGGUAUGUAUUAUAUUAAGUUCAUGGUUAGCGCAUAUUUGGUGAAA